AUGACCCCCACCUAUGACACCUUUACUCCUUCGAAAUUUGUCCACCCAACUCGCAUAUCCUCUACCACCGACAACGCACACACACACAGCCGUGGCUCUAUUUCCGGAACACCACCCAGGAGGCACCAAUGCCGCUUCCCGUUCAAUCUCUGUGCUGCCGCAGCGCUCGGACUCGUCCUCCUUGCGGGACAGCCUAGUCACUAUUUCUGCCAGAGUGGCAACCAUGGUAGUGGAGUUAAUGCCCUACCAGUAACAGGAAGAUCUCUCGUCGCCACUACUUCCGCUACUAUUGGCGACACUUCUCCACAGGCAGUACUGCAACUACACCAGCGGCAGCAGCAACAGAUCUUGGCGUUGCAUACAUCAAACUCUGUCACCUUCUCAGCAGCUUCAGCAGCAGUAUCGGGAUUAGACGGGCGUUUCCGACUUGCUCUUCCCAAGCACGCCUCCUUUGAUGCCGAUGCUGCUGAUGGGAGUAAUGGCUAUAGCCACAUUGCACUCGAAACGGCUGACGUACCAUUUACAACAGGAUCGUUUGCAGACUCAGGACGAGUUCUGGCCUCUGGAUUGAUCUCAGAGUCACAUCUGCCUUCACCUCAGGACAUUACCACUUCCAAUGUACCAAAGCGGGAUGAACAGCAUUUGGCGUUUCUGGAUCUGAUGGCACGGGUGUCGGGGAAGAGCCGUGAUCAGGCAGAAACCGAGAUCUGGGAGGAGCGGAGGGUUACCCAAGCGGCUGUGAGGAAGGAGUUGGAGAUGCGGAUGCAGUUGCAGCGGCAGGGGGAGGAUGAUGUAACUGAGGGUGAUGGGAGGAUUGAGUUGAAGCAGGUCAAGUCGAAGGCGAGAGAAAAGGAUCAUCAUCACAAGGAGGAGAACGCAAUGGAGAAGGGGAAAGGGAAGCAUGGCAAGAAGGGAAAACAAGAGAAGAACAAGGCACCAGACAAGGCGACUAGCAGUGAUGGCAAUGGUGGAGGAGUUGGUGGAGGUGUCAAGACAACACCGACGAUCUUUUAUGUGCCCCAUCAGGACGAUGAUGCCCUGGCCAUGGCCCUCGGUAAGAUCUCAUUGGCUGACUACUUUAACCGACAGGGCGAGUUCAACAUUGUGGUUUAA